UUCCCCACCCGAGAGGAGGAAUGCCCCAAAUUUUCCGGUCCGUUCGGUCGUCCCGAAAAUUGAUAAGGAUGCACUGAGUCGAAAAUUCCGCCUCCCCCGAAGUAGAUUGAAAAUUUCGGAAAAAUGUUCUUCUAAAAAAGGAGCCACGAGGACGUCGGAAAACCUUCUCGCGAGGGAAAUGAGAUCCCGAGAAAGGAGGUAACCAUUACUCGGACAAGUAUUUCCCAUUAGGUUUUAACGGCUCUUAAGUUUGCGAGCACGCGCGAAUUUGUUGGAAGGCCGGCCGCUUUUUACCGCCGUGCCUUUUAUUUUCUCUCGCGCCGCGCAUAGACUGCAAUUUGCAUGUAACGUUUAUUCCCGAGGAUGAGUAAUUAUUCGGGUGUGUGAAGCCCAGGAAACGGUCGACAUGAGUGUUCGAAAGUCGGCGAGGAUCGAGGCCUUGGUCGUCGACGCGAUUCGCCGGCUGCAAGAUGCCCAAGGAUCGACCUAUCGGGAGAUAAGCAAUUACAUCUCCCAGGAAUACGAUGUCCCGGGGUCGGAGAUCAAUCGGCAGAUCCAGCUGGCCCUGCGCAAAGGAGUGUCCUACGGGAUCUUGCGAAAAACGAAAGGAGGAUGUUACACGUGUAACCGCGACAUCAUUGGCCUGCCGGGCAAGGACGCGAUAGCCGAGGCGUGUGGGAAGACGAAAAAGAGGAAGAAGAGGAUGAAGAAGAAGAGAAGCGGAGGAAAGGGCAGAGGCCUCCCGAAAAAGAGGAAGAGCAGCCUCCGAGGGCGCGGGAAAUCGAUGAAAGGAGGAUCCAAGAAGAAGAUGCCGAAAAAGAGGAAGUCGAUAAAGAGGAAGUGCAAGGGCGGCGGAGACGCCGGGGUUUUCGAGACGACCCCGAAGGACCGGAAGAGAACCGGAAGUCGCUCCAGAAUCUCAGGCGGAACUCGCAGCGUUUCCUCCGUUUCCGCGAGCCUCGUCGACGGGUGCACCGACGAUGCGGAAACGGAUUUUAGAAACGCACCGGAAACAUGCGUCGACUAA